AUGACCAUCGAGGAAGUUCAUUGCAUUAUUGAGGCCUGGGCCAAACUCUACGCCAUCCACCUUUCGCCUGAUAAUCCGCUGAAACAGAAUCUACCGGACCCAGGAGCUUCGCAGACAACAUUCACCGACGGGAGCUCCUCAGACGCACGUGAUCUGGUAUACAUGCAAAUAUUUGAUAACAAUGGAUCCAUUGUGGGCGCCUCCAAUCCCCAUCCCCACGGCCAAAUCUGGAUCACUUCAAGCAUGCCAGACGAACCAAGAAAAGAACAGGCUCAGAUGAAGAAAUAUCGCGAGGAGAAUUGCGGCGCACAUUUGUUAGGCGCCUAUGUGAGUCUUGAAAUGGACAAACAAGAGCGAGUUGUGUGGCAAAAUGAAGGAUUCCUGGCAGUCUGUCCCUGGUGGGCCGUCUGGCCGUACGAAGUCCUCCUAUUACCAAAACGCCACGUACCGAGCUUGGCUCAUCUGACAGCCUCGGAGAAGUUGUUCUUCUCUGAAGCCAUGCUGCAACUGAACAGAAUCUAUGACAAUUUACUUGGCAUUACUUUCCCUUACGUAUCGGCUAUCCACCAGGCCCCUUUGAAUGCGACGGGUGAAGAUCUGGAAAGCAGCUAUCUUCAUGUUCAUUUCAGCCCACCUUUGUUAUUUCCAUCAAUUAAGAAGUUUUUCGGAGGCUACGAGCUAUACGGAGAACCAACGCGUGAGAUCACGCCAGAAGAUGCUUCGGCACAGCUGAGGGCUUCCUUGGCGCGGCUUUCGGAGCCUUCUGUCAAGUCUACGGGCUCAGAGUCGCCUGACGAAGCAGGAAGUCAAUCUACCUCCUGCGCCAAAGAAUCAGGUGGCCGUAAAGAGAAACGCAGUUCUUGGUGGCGAAGGAUAAUGGGCAAAUGUAUCAGAGUCUAA